CAGGCAUUGUUGCAACUGUGAUUGCUUGUGUAGGCAACCUCCCAUUUUUGCUACACUGCAAUCGAGCCGAAAAAUUCUACUUUACCAACAAGGUCCGAUGCCAUAAGAACCUUUGAAGAAUUUAGGUCAUAAUAAUCGCAGGCCGAGGCUCUAACCAUCUGCAUCAACAUAUCAAUUAUAUUGACAUUCUUUUUGUGUCAGCCGGUAAACAUCUCAAAAUGGAAUCGAACCGUCCAUCUGACGAUCUUGACAUUGCAGAAGUCGAGUACUCAUUGUCCGAGGUGCGCAAGCAUCGCAUCCAAAUCGUUCCUAUCGUAAAGGAACUGGUCGUCAAUUAUCACGACACGGCCAUUACCGCCAAGAGACUUCAUGAUCGACUAUUCCAGAAGUACACACAUCUGAAAGCCCGGUAUGCGCAGCUACAAGUAGAAUUCAACGCAUACUGCACCGAUCGCAACGCUCGUGAGGACAAAUGGCAAGAACAGGCUCGAGAUGCUGUACUUGAUGACCUGCGUAGACUAGUCGACACGGCUGUUAGCUCGAAGGAGGCAUCUUAUCAGAAGACGACAGCUCUUGUGGUGGAGCAUUUGGAGAUGAGCAAUGAGAAUGCCCAACUGCGUGCGCAGGUGGAGGAGCUCCGUCGUGAAAACCGAGCCCUGAAGGCUAAGAAAGUCUAGAAAGCCGACCGCAGUUGCAAGGAAGGGCUUCGUGCUUUGAGUAUUCCCCCUUCAUCUCACAAUAACAUUGACUAUAUCGCUAAUCUCUUGCCUGUCUAGUGAUAUACCAUGGAGGGCUACGAUGGGUAAAUUGGGGUUAGCCCUUGAUUCUGUUUGAGAGU